AUGUUCAAGAAGAAGCCAAAUGUCCGCCAUCCCUAUUCUUCGUGCCUGGCAAAAGCUAACGCGCCCCAGAUCAAGCCUCUCUCGCCGCUCAAGUCUAGCGACCGCCGCCGGACCGCCGACCAGAUCAUCGCAGACUUUGGCAUUGACGUGCCCAUAGACUCGACCCUCAGCCCCGAAGACAAGACAGCUUCCACGGCCGGCCUCACUACUCUACGCAAAUCGCUCCUCCCCGAAAAUGCCCUCUCUGCGCGCUUCACAACUACCACCGGGCCCGAUCUCAAGCAGGUCUCGGGCACCGUCUACGUAGGCAGUCAUGAAGGCACAGGCGGCCACCAGAGAGUGCUAUGGGUCAAGGUUGCCGACAAGAUGUAUCCGACAGUCUACACCCUCUGGCACAACCCGCGCAUCGUGCCCCUCCUCUACACGCCCCUCUUCGUCGUCGAGAAGUUGCAGGGCGGCGCCGACCUCAUGACGCCUGGCCUGCAGCGAGGUCCGCCGUUUCCCAAGAAAGCCACAAAAGGUGCCAUUGUCGCCAUCGCAAGCCUCGAGUCCCCCACCGUCCCCAUGGCCGUCGGCACCUGCGACAUCGACGUCAGCGCUCUAGACAAAGUACAGGGUGUUAAAGGGCAAGCCGUGUCGACCUUUCACUGGGCAGGGGAUGAGCUAUGGUCGUGGACUUCCACAAGUCAACCGGGCAGUGAACCUCCAAAUAACAUCGAGGGAUGGGAUGACGACAAGGAAGACGAUGAGACAGGCCUCGCUGAGCGCACAGCUGCUGUAGAUUUGAACAAUAAAGAGGGUGCAGCAGUCCCCGACGCUGACCCCGCGGAAAGGUCAGAAGCAGAACAGGCACAGGGCGUCCAAGGGGAAGAUGCGCCAGCGAACAAUGAAUUUGUCGACUUUAUCGACGACAAGGAGCUGACCACCAAGGAAAUCGACGAUGCCUUCAAGGACGCAUUCUUGUUUGGUGUACGCCAUCACAUGGACCACAACAAAGGCCAACCCGCCUACGGCCUUGACUUCCCCCUCUCCCAAUCACGCGUCAUGUCUCAGCUCGUCCAGCCCUUCCUUCCCACCUAUACCCCUGCCCGAACUGCCUCGCUUCAGAUCAAAAAGACAAGUUGGAAGAACAUCAGAAAGUUUAUCAAACACUUGGACAAGCAGUCGAUAGUCAAGUCUAAAGACCGUGACGCUCACGAAACCGUCAUCCUAGAAAUCGACUUCACGGACCGGCAGAUCGGAGCAUUUGUACCCUACCGGCUGCCAAAGAAGGAUGCCCCAACCGCUGCGAGCGCAAAUGGCCAGCUAUCAGCGCCUCUAGCCUCCGAGUCCUCGGUCGGUCAAAAGCUCAAAUUGGUCUCGUUAUUACGGCCAAAAGAAAAGCUAGCGCCCAUCUUCCACGCCUCCAAGGCAGACCCGCGCGGCCUUUAUACACCGGCGGAGCUUAAGCAGGUCCUAAUCGCGUACGUUGAGGCGGAGAACUUGGUCGACCCCAGAAACAAGCGUCUCAUCCGCAUCAACCCUCAGAUCGCAGACGCUCUCCUUGGAUCCUCGGCGGCAGACCAUGCUGCACUAUCAUCCGGCACCAUGGCUCGAGACGCAUUGGCUGAACGCAUGGUCGCAGCUUCCUCGCCAUUCCACGCCAUCCUCCGCAACGACGCCGACAUUGCCGACACCAAGCCAAAGGCUGGGGCACCACCGAGGAUUCAGAUCACACUCGAGACGCGUAGUGGCAAUAAGACGGUGUCCAAAGUCCACGGCUUGGAGGCCUAUUACAUCGCGCCACAGCCGCUUGCUGAUGAGUUGAGGAAGACAUGUGCUGGCAGUACUAGCGUUGACAAAUUGCAAGGCUCGAGUCCAAAGGCGCCCGUCAUGGAAGUCAUGGUUCAAGGACCGCAGAAGGAUGCUAUACUAAAGGCGCUCGAGAAGCGAGGUGUGAACAAGAAUUGGGUGGAGUUUGUGGACAAGACCAAAGGCAAGAAGAAAUAA